CAUGACCCGCAGUAAGCUAUAUAAUGUCUGUUAUCAGCUCAGAUUUUCAGUGUCAACCAUGUAAGGAAGAAGAGGAUACAAGGUAAAUAAUGUUUUGCACUAAUUGUGGAAAUCAAGUGGAAAGUUCAUUCCAAUUCUGUCCUCACUGUGGCUUCAAGUUGUGUGUCUUGACCCCAAAUGUGACCCAAGAUGUGGCCACGUCAACAUAUCAACCCUCAGUCACUGCUGAGAAGAACCAAAAGGAGGAUCAAGACCAGGUUCCAAAAGGUGUUAAAGAAGAACAAGAAAAUACUACACAGAUAAAGGGGCAAUCGGCUAGUGAUGACUCAGAGGCAGCCAGAGAUGGGGCUACACCACAGCGCCCAUCAAAUGACAAAACCAGCCCAGCCCCACUGGAAAAAGGAGCCACACCCUCAUGCCCUAACCAGACAGUUUCAGUUAAUGAAUCAUUGACUACCAAGAACACACAUGUCACAGAGACUUGUAAUGGGAAAGAGAGGCUUUCUGUGGCAGCUCAUGAAAGUAAUUCUCAAUCAUUCAGUAAUGCAGCCCCUGGAUCAAACCUGUCUGUUUCCACGGCACUGCACUCUCCUACCCCUGCCAGUGACAAAAAAUCCCUGUUAGGUAUUAGUAGAGAAUACAGCCCUGAAGCAGUGCCGACUGCUGCUGGGCUGUUGUCUAAUCCUGCAUCAUCUCUAACAUCAACAAAAGAAAUUGACUCCACUGCACCUGAAUCGCCUGGGCAAACACCUCAAGAAUGGGAUUCGGUGGAAAAGCAGUCUGCCUCUAACAAUGAUAUAGACAAGACAAUCUCUAAUGAAAGACAAAAUCUCUUUGGGAGGCCAGAUGAUAAAGCUACCUAUUUAGACUCUUUUCAGGGGAAGCCGGCUAGUGAUGACUCUGAGCCAGCCAGAAAUGGCGUGACAACACAGGACCCAUCAGAUUACACUGCCAGCUCAGCCCCACUGGAACAAGGAACCACACUCUCAUUCCCCAACCAGACAGAGCAACAAACAGAGGCCCCAUCAGAUAUUAAUACAGAGGACAGCCAUACACCAGUGCAAAUUACUGCUGACAAAAAAAGUGGCAUUCAUUCUGGGCUAUCGUCUAACUCUGCAUCAUCUCCAACACCAACUAAAGAAACAGGCUCCACUGCACCUGUAUCAUCUGAGCAAACAUCUCAAGCAUUGGAUUCAGUGGCAAAGCAGCCUCUCAAUGAACAAGAUAAGGAUAAGACAAUCUCUCUUGAGACAGAAAAUCUCUCUGGGAAACCAGAUGAUAAUAAAAAGCACACCAACACUGAACAGCAUACAUUCACUAAACAAAAUGACAAGAAAGAAGACCAAGCAGCCAUAGAUGAGAGAGAAGCCCCAAAUGCAAGACAACCAGAGUAUUCUCAUGAUCCAUGUCCAGUUACUGAAGAAACCAGCCAAAACACUGAGGCUGUUGACACCAAAUCAAAUAAGAAAACAAACACAUGCCUUGCAGAGAGACAGGAACAGCAGCCAAGCAACGGAACAGUCAAUGUCUCCAGGUCACCAAUAACCUCCUGCUCUCUUGGUCAGAGUGAUGAGAAGGCGGGUCUUCUAGUGGCAGUAAAUAUCUCAGGAACAUCCCCUGAACACCAGGCACAACAAACUUUACCAAGCAGCGGAUCUAUGCAUGUGUACUUCCAUGCUGUCACUUCGAAAGACUUUCAUUUGGAUCCAGAAAAGGAUAAGAUUUUCUUAAUGUCUGGAAAAUUGUUUGGAGAUUGGGAUAAAAAUGGCCAGCAAAUGUCCUUCUCUAGGCAUCUAGGGGACAAGAGAUAUCUUGUUGAAGGGCGAGUUAUGAUUCCCAAGAACAUAAUUCAUGAGAGCAUACCCUACAAAUACAGAAUUUGGAAGCACAAUGAAAAGGCCAUUUUUGAGGCCAUCUACCAGAAAGAUGGAAAUCAAUAUGUGAACAGGUGCCUGACAAUCAAAGAAGAUUUUCUAACAUUUGAAGGGGAGUGGCACCAGUAUGAUGAUAUGAUCCAUCCUAAGCUGAAGAAGAGUGCCUGGCCUUGGAGUUCUUCAACCAAAGACAUCGUAAUAAAAGGCAGAGACCUAGCUGGCAGGGUGAUGCUGAGUAACAUAUUUGACCUUCUUACAACUUGGAAUGAACCAAAUGUGGACAACUUCUUUUCACUGCUACGACAGUUUGUAUAUACAUACAGCUCUCCUGUACUUCAUGAUGGCAAGGAAAGGCAAUGGGGAUUACCAUAUGAUAUUAAACAGGUGGAAAUCCUGCUUAAACUUGUUCUGGAGGAAAACAUCAAUCACAAGCCCAGAAUGCAGCAAGAAACAACAAAAUGCCUCUUACCUUUUCAUGCAGGAGUUGUUAGUUUGCUCAUUUACAACAAGUAUCUGAAAAACGGCAUGACAGAUCGAGAACUAUCUAGUCUUUGUGAUAUUCUUUGCCUGCCUAAGAAGCCACAACACCAUUUCUCCUCUUUCUGGGAAGACUUUGUAAGCCCUUUAGCAGAUAAAAAGAGUGUUGCAGAUGCUGUUGAGAUGUUUUGCAACAAGGCGAGACAACACAAUAUUGACAAGUGGGUCUUGGUCAUCCCUCUGAUUCACCUACUAAGAGGAGAAAGCAAACCUUUUGAGCCAGUUCCACCUGUCUUGAAUCCACAGUUUGACUCCUGGACAGUCUUGAGGGGGAGCAAAGGAACACAUUUCAACAGAGGCGAUUAUGCUAGGAUCAUGAAAGACCAUGCGUACCUGGUGGACAUUGAUCGUCUUCUUGUGUACACUUGGAUGCCUCUGCUGCAUGUGGAUGAUCUAAGAAGCUUCAUAUCAUGUGUGCAAGUGGAGCUUCUAGACAUUCUUCAUUGCAUACAGUUCAGUGUCAAAUCUGGAAUAACUCACUCAAACUGCAUGGCUUUGGAAAAUUUGGCAUCUCAUCUCAUCGACAGAGAAAGCCAUCGCAACAAACGCUUUGAUGACAAAUAUGGAGAGUGUUGCCUGAAAACUGCAGUAAGGCUUCUCUAUUCUAUCUGCCGCCACACAACAGAUCCAGGCCUCAGUGAUGUUCCUAUUUACUUCCUUGAUCUGGUCUGUCUGAUUGCCAAGGCAUACGACCACACAGAUUCCCAGGCAAGAGAGAGAAUUCAUGAAGAGUCAAUCGGGGAGACAUUAGAAACAAUGAGGGAAUGGCGGAGAAAUACCUUCAGAAACAAAUUGCUUAAUGACUGGGAUCGUACGCAGUUUUCUGUACCCCAUGAAAUUAAGGUAUGGGACAAGUUACUCUCACUAUCCUUCAGUCAUAAGGAACAUACUUUAUUCUGGAGAACCACCUUCAUGGAGGAUUUUGAAGGAAAACUAAAACGAGAACACUCAGUGGAUCAAAUUGGAAUAUACUCUAACAAGAUGGAAGAACUGAGCAAGACAAGUCCAUUGUUAUGCAGCACGAUGGAGAAAUGUGCAUUGGAGGCAGUUGCGGCUAUUUGUCAGGAUCACUCUGGCAGAGCUGUUUCAGCUCUAUUUAAGAAACAUGAUAUCACAAAGUUUGGGAAGCUGAUGUCUGUUGUUGUGCUGAAAACAUGGCCCACAGAUGUGAAUGGAGAUUACACUGAGGGCGAGGACUUGAUAUUUGAGUACCUUGUAAAUUGGCCCAUGGCCAAAACUCUUUUCCAAAUGACAGGUGUAGGCAGUAAUCUGAUCAACAACUUGUCAGAUGAAGUGCAAAUCAGGAUGACAUUGGCGAGUUCAGCCUUCAAAUCUGUGUCAGAGAAGUUCCUAAGUGGAGAGAUCCGAAUGAAUACUUUAAACCAAAUCCUCCAGAAAGAACAUGAAUUUCUUGACUUGCUGAAGAUAGAUGGGCUUUGCGAUGAUCGUCGUUGUAAAGAUGACAGAAAAAUGAGAACAUUACUGAGACAAAGAAAAGAGGAAGCAGAAGCUGUCCAUAGUGACAAGGAGCUGGUCAGGUGUCUUUUACAAAUCUGCCAAGAACUUCCACAACAUGUCAAAGUUGACUUCAAGGGGUUGGACAAAAAACUUCAUCAGAACAUUGAGAUGAUGAAUUUGAAUACAUUUAUGAAGGUUCACACUCUUGAUGAACAGACCUCUCCUACAAUUGGACAAGUCACUUAUUUCAACCUUUGUGAUAUCACCCGUCAAAUGGCUACAGAAUUGCAUGCCAUUAAAGACAGCGCACUCUUUAAAAUGUGCUGGAUGAACCAAGUGGAAGAGCUGUCAAGAGACCAACCUAAUACAGAUGACACUGAACAUCUCGAUGGAAAUGAAGAAAUCUACACUCUUGAAUAAAAAGGAAAAAAAAAAAAAUUAAAAAAAAAAAAUAAAAAAAACUUACAGAUGAGAUUUGUAGACAUCAUGUGCAGAACAAAUCCAUCUGAUGACGGAAAAUGGAUCAGAGGAAGGAUUCAGCAAAUUCGACAGUACCAUGAGCUUCAUCUUGCAAUGGAAUCAGCCAAAAUCAUCAUGGAUAUCAGGAACACAAUAUGUCCAGAAGGAGACUUCAAAGUACUGGAGAAAUUGCUGCAAAUGAGUCAAGCUGACUUCAAGAAAAACAGCCUGAAUUACAUAGAUGACACUUUCAUGAAGACCAAAAAGAUCCUGAUGGACAUUACAAAUGAUCGUAGGGAGUGUCUUCAGAAACUCAGUCAGAGCCAAGAGUUUGUCCUGUGGGUUAAAGAAGCACUCGAAGAUAUCAAUGAGUUGAAAGUUUUUGUUGACCUGGCGUCCAUCUCUGCUGGAGAAAAUGACCUGGAUGUGGAUCGAGUGGCCUGUUUUCAUGAUGCUGUCCUUGGUUACUCUUCAAUAUUGUAUGGACUGAAGCAGGACUCUGAUUUUGAGGCCUUCAAAGAGUCUUUGUCAAAAUUGUGGAAGGCACUUGAAAAUGACAGAAAUAUACCAACAAAGCUGCGGGAUACAGCACGUCAUCUGGAAUGGUUAAAGACUGUAAAGGAAAGCCAUGGAUCUGUUGAAUUUUCAUCCCUGUCCCUGGCUACAUCCAUCAAUGAGAAAGGGGUAUACACCAUCAAGGCCCAAAACCAGAAAAAACUCACUUUAGAGACUUCCCUGAUGCUGCAAAUUCAGGACGGACAUGAGAAAAACAUGGCAUGCACCUAUGAUGACCUGAAAGAGUUGCAGAAUAAGCUUAUGCUCAUGUCUGGAAGAGGGGAACAAAAACAGAGUGAAGUGGAACACUUUGUUGAGGUGUUUGACAAUGUCCAAAGACUUGCCAAAGCCUUUGUAGACCUUUAUUCUGCAGGGAACCCACUCUUCAGGUGUUGGGAAGCUAAGAUUAAUUGCAAAACUCAGAGUGACCCAUGUAUCAUUAUGGAAAUCAACUUCUGCAAGACCCUGCAUCAAAUCCAAGUAUGUGGAAGUCUAGUUGAACAACUAACAGCACUGUCCAAGAAGAUGGAGGUGUUUCUUGAUGACUGGCAAAACUUCAUGGACAAACAGAGAUCGGAUUACUACUACUUAAACUACUUCACAGCAGAACAAAUAUUCUACCUGUGCAGUGUUGUGACUCCGUCAAAUGUGAAUGCAAAAAUAGAGGACAAAGCUUUGAUGAUGCUCUCUUUUAUCACACCAAACUGCACAACAUCAGAUGUCUGGAGCACAUGGGGAAGGUUUCACAACCAUUUUGAGCCUGGAAAAAGGAUGAAUGAAGAUACUCACUUUCAAAGUCACUUUCUUCACCAGGAAGACAGCAAUAUGUCUUUCGACAAUGUAAGUCAUUUUACAGCCGAUAAUCCAGCAGACCAGACUGUUGAUUUGAAAGAAAUGGAAGAGUUGUGGAAUGGCUACAUGAAGAAUGAGGGGAUAUUUUUCCAUGACCUUUUGGACAUAAGGAGUUUAGGGGGUCUGUUGAAAAUGAUGACUAUCACAGAAAACCAAAGUGAAAAUGAAUGGGAAGAACCAGUGCUAUCAGAGUUAAGAGACAGUUCACUCAGAAGGAUUCUCCCAAAAGGCCUCUUCUCAAACCAACCUAAUCUCAUAAUUUGCUCACACGAUGAGGUCCUGACUUCAAGUAUCUGCUUGUACAUGACCAGUGAGUAUGAGCCACUGCCAAGUUAUGAUGAGGUUCUCUUGUGUACCCCUGCAACAUCUUAUGAGCAAGUAGAGCUUUUCCUGAGGAGAUGUCUCACACCAGGUGACAUUGGCCAGAAGAUUUACACAAUGCUUUGGGCAGACCAACUAACCUAUGAUGUUAGCUGUGCAAUGGAGAAGUGUUUUCAAAAACUGCCUUCCCUACAUGAUUACACUCUAGUGAUCUUUUGCAGCUCUGACAGGGAGCACACUUACAUUCCUACUGCAUUCAGUCAGUUCAAAAGAGACUUUGUCCCACAAGAGCCAUUGGAAAGGAUUCAGAAGUACUUAUCUAGGCAUUACACGGUCCCCUCCAAUCACAAGCACGCUGUGUUCAAAGGUGGCCAUUCUGUUGGCAUUGUUGCUUCCCAACGUGCAGGAGUAGGGAAGUCAUUGUAUGUCCAAAGAUUGUACGAAAAGCUGGAGGGAAGUGUUGCUCAAGAAACUGCAUUUAAGAAGUGCAUCCGACUAACUGAACAUGAGGUUGAUGACCACAAGGUUCUCCAGUCAUUGUAUAACGCACCAAAACAAACAGAUGUCAAGGUGUUUCACUUUGAUGUCACAUCAUCGGUACAAAAAGGCUUGAAUGAAUUCCUAUUCAAGCUUUUCUUCUUGCGGUACCUGAUGGAUUCAGAUGGACUGAUGUGGCGCUGCAGCCACAAACACUUGUACAUCAUCGAGUUACUGGAAACCACAAAUCAUCAGGCCAGAUAUGCGCCUGGAUCUGGUCGAAAGGAAAACUUUGCAUUCUUGGAUGUUUUCCCGAAGGUGUUUUGUCGUCCACCAAAGGAGGUUAUGGCUUUAGAAAUGAGGAGAGAGGAAAACACUGACAUGGAGAGUGAUGACCCCCUAAUGGAUGACGAAUGUUUCAGGAGUGAAGCUUAUCAAAGACCAUACCAGUACCUCGCACGUUUUUACAACAAUAACAAUCUUGACAACUUCACUUACAUGGGCAUUGAAGGGACUCACGCAAAAUGUCUUCAGAUACUCUUAAUCUACUGUGGCAUAAUAGAUCCAUCAUGGGCAGAGCUACGUAACUUUGUCUGGUUUCUUAAUCUUCAGUUGAAAGACUGUGAGAAUUCAGACUUCUGCAAAUUUGAGUUUGUUGGAGACACUCUUCAAGGGUUUAAAAACUUUGUGGUUGAGUUCAUGAUCUUGAUGUCCAAAGACUUUGCAACCCCAUCACUAUGCAUCACUGACCAGAGCCCAGGGAGACAACAAAUUGACAUCAGUGGGCUUAAUGAAAGAGACUUAGCUCCAUUCCUCAUUAGAAAAAGGUGGGAGUCUGAGCCACAUCCAUACAUCUUUUUUAAUGAUGACCACAUGUCCAUGACUUUUAUUGGGUUUCACCUGGAGCUCAAUGACCAGAAUGGGGUUGAUGCCAUAAAUCCCUUGACAGGAGAAGUGAUAAAGAGAAACAUCAUGACUCGUGAGCUGUACACUGGCUUAAGACUUCAGAGAGUCCCUUUCAAUAGGGACUUUGAACAGCUUCCUCGAGCUGACAAGAUUGAGCAUUUGUGCAGUGUGCUUGGCAUCAAGUGGCCAACAGAUCCUGAUGAGACAUACGAACUGACCACAGAUAAUAUUCUCAAAAUGAUGGCAAUUCAUAUGAGAUUUAGGUGUGGCAUCCCAGUCAUCAUAAUGGGUGAAACAGGAUGUGGUAAGACGAGGCUCAUAAAAUUUAUGUGUGAAUUGAGAAGGUGUGGAGCAGCAGCAGAAAACAUGAAACUGGUCAAGGUUCAUGGAGGAACAACAUCAGAAAUGAUAUAUGAAAAAGUGAGGGAAGCAGAAACUAUUGCAAAGACCAAUAAAGAGAAUCAUGAAUUUGACUCAGUUCUCUUCUUUGAUGAGGCAAACACCACAGAAGCCAUCAGCAGCAUCAAGGAGAUAAUUUGUGAUAACUCUGUUCAGGGACAACAACUCAGCUCUCAGUCAGGACUACAGAUUGUUGCUGCAUGCAAUCCUUACAGGAAGCAUACAGACAAGAUGAUUGAAAGGCUAGAGGCUUCUGGAUUGGGCUACCGGGUCAGAGCUGAGGAGACUGACGACAGACUUGGCUCCAUCCCUCUUCGCCAGCUUGUGUAUCGUGUUCAUGCGUUACCCCCCAGCAUGAUUCCUCUUGUUUGGGACUUUGGGCAGCUCAAUGACUCAACAGAGGAAAUGUACAUCGAACAAAUAGUGCAAAGACAGGCUAAGGCCAACUUGAUUGAGAAGCAUUAUAUUCAAACUAUAACUCAGGUGUUGUCGUCAUCACAAAAGUUCAUGAGGGAGAAGAAAGAUGAAUGCAGCUUUGUAAGUUUGAGGGAUGUUGAACGUUGCAUGCACGUGUUUGUGUGGUUCCACAAAAAUCACCCCACUUUUGUUUUGGAACUGAAAGAAUUCCUUAAAGAGGCAUAUCUGAGGGGAAAAGAAUCAUUUUCACCUGCUAGUAACAGAGUAAUCUGGUCACUGAUGAUGGCCACUGGAGUGUGCUAUCAGUCCUGCUUGGAGGACAAAAGGCAAUAUCAGAAAACUAUCAGCCAGUUGCUUCCUGGUGAAUACAACAUACAGAGAGAAAUCCAACUUAUGCAGGACCUCCUACUCAAUGGUGUACCCAUGGGUAAGACAAUAGCCAGAAAUGAGGCUUUGAAAGAAAACUUCUUCAUGAUGGUGAUUUGUGUUGAGCUAAGAAUUCCCUUGUUUAUUGUUGGGAAACCAGGGAGCUCCAAAUCACUGUCCAAAACCCUAAUUGCAGAUGCAAUGCAGGGCCCUGCAUCACAUUCUGAACUCUACAAGAGGCUGAAGCAGAUACAUCUGGUGUCUUUCCAGUGCAGCCCUCAUUCAACCCCUGAAGGAAUCAUCAACACAUUCAAACAGUGUGCCCGCUUUCAGGAAAGCAAAAACUUGGAUGAAUACAUCUCAGUAGUUGUUCUUGACGAGAUUGGAUUGGCUGAAGAUUCCCCUAAAAUGCCACUGAAAACACUGCAUCCAUUACUGGAAGAGGGCUGUGUCGAUGAUGAGCCACAACCUUAUAAAAGGGUUGGGUUCAUUGGAAUUUCCAACUGGGCACUUGAUCCUGCCAAAAUGAAUCGUGGAAUAUUUGUGUCUCGUGGAGAUCCAGACCAGGAGGAGCUUUGCAAAAGCGCUCAAGGGAUAUGCUCGUCUGAAGAAAGAGUUCUUAAAAAGAUCAAACACCUUUUUAACCCUUUGGCAAAAGCAUAUAUGAGAGUAUGCAAAAAAGCCAGGGGUUUUUUUGGUCUGCGGGAUUUCUACAGUCUGAUAAAGAUGAUAUUUUCAAUUACUAAAAUCAGUAAUGAGAGUCCCACCACAGAUCAAAUCACUGAAGCAAUCCUGAGAAACUUCAGCGGAAAAGAUAACAUGGAUGUGAUGAGCAUAUUCAGCGAAGAACUCAAAGAUGACUUUGCCAAGGCCAGCGUCACCGCCAUUGAUUUGGUCGAGAAAAGCAUCUUUCCACCUUGCCAAGUGGAAGAAAGUCGUUACCUUUUGAUCCUCACAACAAACUAUGCAGCUCUUCAGAUUCUCCAACAGAUAUUCUUCUAUCACAAAGUCCAUCCAGAGAUCAUCUUUGGGUCUAGUUUCCCAAAAGAUCAGGAGUACACGCAGAUUUGUAGGAACAUCAACCGUGUCAAGGUUUGCAUGGAGACCGGACAGACAGUUGUGCUUCUGAACCUUCAGAAUCUGUACGAAAGUCUGUAUGAUGCUCUCAACCAAUACUACGUGACCCUAGGGGGUCAAAAGUAUGUUGAUCUUGGAUUAGGAACACAUCGUGUAAAAUGCAGGGUUCACAAAAACUUCAGGCUCAUUGUCAUUGAAGAGAAAGAGGUGGUCUACGAGCAGUUUCCAAUCCCACUGAUCAACAGAUUGGAGAAACACUACCUUGACAUCAACAUUGUUCUUAAAAAUGAGCAGAAGGACAUUGCCAAACAACUACAGAAGUGGGUCGAUGAUUUUCUCUCCUUGAGGUGUCAACCCUCGGAAAAGCGAUACGAUCCAAGUGAUAUCUUCAUCGGCUACCACUCAGACACAUGCUCCUCUGUGCUCCUGCAAGUAACAGAGAAUCAAAGUCUUGAAACAGAUGCUCAGACCAUUCUGAAAAAAGCCAAAGACAUUCUGCUCAACUGUGCCACUCCAGACUCCGUUGUCCGUUUGGACAAAUCCAGACUGCCUGAUGAGGAAAGAGAACAUUUAAUGAAAAAAUAUGUUCAGGAGGAGAUGCACAGUUCAUUGGGAGACUACAUUGUCUAUCACACACAGCAGUUGGAACAGUCCCAUUUCAUCUUCACUGAGGUCAACAAUUCAUUUUCCAGGCUACUGACUGCAGCAGACACUCAACAACUGCAGAAUGUGAUAAAGCUUGACGAUAUCAAGCUGCUAUCACUGCAACAGUUUGACACAGAGUACUCUUUCCUCAAGAAGAUCAGGGAAUUUCUUGGCUCAACACUUGCAGACAAAGUGCUGAUUAUCCAAACAGACUAUGUUGAAGACUCCCACAGGAGGAAUAUUCUUUCCUCAGCCAAGUAUUCAUGCAUCAACGAAAUAAACAAGUGGGCUACUACUGACAACACAAAGACAUUUGUGUACUUUGUCACCAAACUUCCUCGAAUCGAGGGCGGGACCUCCUAUAAUGGCUUUCAAGGCGGUCCAUGGAGGUCUGUUCACAUUGAUGAUCUCAGAAGAUCAACAGAGUUUGUGUCUGAUGUUCAUUCCUUGAAAAAGCUGUGUAUAAGUGAACUUUUUGAAGAUCCACCUGAAGCCAUGGAGACAGAAGACCGCACUGGUGUGCCACAGAAUGAUGACUCCAAUGUUUUGGAAGAUUUGUUUGAUACAACAGAUCUGACGAGGAGCUGUGUGCAGAGUGCAGUGAGCAUGCUCAGAGAUGCAGCAGACAAUGGAGAACUCAGCACUGAGAGAGUUGAGAACCUGCUCACACUACUGGAUGGAAGUCAGACACAUGGUCUGUUUGCAAGCAUUGUGCGACAGCGUCUGCACUCGCUGUUAAAGGACUAUGAAGCCAACAUUCCCAAUCCAAAAAGCUGGGUUCUAACAGAGGCGUCUAAUUUCAACGCUCUUCAAGAGGGAGGAACGUUCCUACACACACUGUGGAGGAAAAUCCAAGCAGUUGUCACUCCACUUCUAGCCAACUUGGUCUCAGUCAUUGACCGAGAUUGCAAUUUGGACCUCCUGCUGAAUGAGUGUGAUGACAUCACAAACCUUUGGCUUGAGAUAUUUGGGAGCAAAGAGAUGCUCCAUGUACCUUAUGUAAGGGUGGAAAGCGACUCUACUGUCUUAAUGGUACAAAGCCAUAGCACAGGUGGCAACACCAUGCGCUGUAACAUGCCCUUCAGUUGGUGGAUCAAAGACUUCCUGGAUGGGCUCAUGAUGCAAACAUCCAGACACGAAACACAUUCACCUGGUCAUUUCCAAGAGUUGUUCUUGAACACUCCACUUGGCAGUUACAUGGCUAAAAAUGUGGAUGAAAAAAUGAAGAAAGAAUUUUUUGAAAGGUACCUGCAGGAUUUUGUUUCCAUGACCAUGAAAGGGACAUCAGAUGAAGAAUUGCAGCUCUUGUGUCAGGCCCUGGCCAGCUGUGUUGAUGAAGUACGGACACGAAAAAGAGAUAAAGAUGAGCUUUCUCUUCCUCACGUCCACAUUGCCUAUCAUUUCUACCAAAGUCGUCUUCAGAACCUCUCACGGAUGAUAUCUCUUCAGCCUGAUGUUGUUUCUCCUUUGCGAAGAAACAACCACCUUAGACGUAGUCCAGAGAUGGUUUUGGAUGUCCAUGCAGCUAAGGCAUGUGUUGAAUGCCUGGAGUCUGCUAAUUUCGAUACUGAUGCCCUAUGCCAGCAAUGGCUGAAGCAGGUGAAGAGGCUUCAAGCCUCUUUGGAGUUGAUUUGCUCUCAACAUAACACCAAACAAUAUGGAGAGCGGUGCAAAGAAAGACUCCAUGAUGUCAGUAAUGGCUGGAAGCGCAUCUACAUCCUUUCAUUGUUUGUGGAUCACAUGCUGCUGGGUUUCCAUAAUGACGAGAAUCAGCUCAGAACACUGGUCCUGAAUCACACUAAAACCUUAAGCAAGGUUCUGGAGGGAAACUCUGAUGUAAAAUCAAUGAAGGCUUUUCAAGCUGUGAUUGAAGUACUGAAAUCCUGUAAGCAGGGGGCAAGUGAUCAGAUGUUUCGGUUUGGACUUCAGUGUGGAGUGUGUAUGAGGGAGCCUCAAGACCCUGUAGAGCUGCCAUGCCAUCACAUCUACUGCUCAACAUGCAUCAAGGAGAGCCUUGAUGCAAGGAGAGCCUUGAUGGAGAGCCUUGAUGCAGGACAGACUUCCUGUCCCAAUUGCAGGCAGCAGUUACCAAAUGACUUUCAACCACAUGUCUCUGAAGAUAUCAGUGUUUCUAUCAAGAAAAAUGCAGAAUUUAGGCAGCGUUGCAAUGGUUUCUUCAUUGAUCUGCUCUCCACUGUGUGCUUCAAGGACAACACACCACCAGAAACACGUGUCAUCACCCACCUGUUGUCCUACCUGAUGGUUGAGACAGAACAUAAACAGAUUCACACCAAAGAUCUGUCGCCUUUUGACGAGUCACUCGAUAAAAACCCAGUCGUGCGAUCUGUGAUCCUCAAACUGCUUCUGAAGUUCAGCUUUGAUGAAGUCCAGGAAUAUUUGCAGCAGCAUUUGUCAUCUGUUGAAGAAAGCAUAUUUGUGGAUGAAGGUGAUAAAGCAGAGCUUUAUGCCUUGUACAUCAACUGCUUAGAGGACUCCAUGUGGGAGAAAAUGCCUCAAGAAUCUGACACGGCUGAAGAGCUGAAGCCAUUUUACAAUGAUGAAACACAAUUCCUGCACAACCUUUUGGCUGAUGGUACUUCUGUUUCAGCAACAGUGUCUAUUCAACAUCUGCAGCACAUCGCACGAUUGCGCCUGUCCCUCACCAUGGCUGCCCAGCUUAUCAGUGACAAUCUGUCUGGCAACAAUGUCCCAGAUGGAGCAGAAGAUUUCCUGAACAUGGUGAUUAAGUUCUGUGAGGACAGUGGAAAUGAUUGGUACCGCGUUUAUCUGAUUCGCAAACUGAGCGAAUGGGAGGGUGUUGAAUCCGUCCAGACGCUGGUGAAACAACCACAGUUCAGCUGGCUUUUCCCUACAGAGAUCCAUCAGCAGAAUGAAGAUGGAGGCCAGAUGGACCAGUAUAUUGCCUAUGGAGAGGAAUACAAGGCAGUAAGGGAUGCAGUUGCCAAGGCAGUAGUGGACGGUGAUAUCGAGCAGAUAGAAGAUGUCUGCGAGAAAUGCACUGCGCCGCCAAGAAAUCGAACAAUGUUCAUCCUCCUGGCGCUUUUCCGAGAGGUUACUACUCUGUACAGAUCUGCAAAUACAAGCAUUCAUCCAACCCCUGAGCGAUGCCAAGCAUUUGGAGAGCUCAUCCAGGGCUCAAGGUAUUUACAUCAAAGAGAAGUAAGGGAUUUUGCCUCAGCCUUGGUUCACAACAGGUUGGGAGCCCUGGCCAUGUACCCUGGUCAUACUAUUGUGGACAACAAUAUCUUCGAGCUGAUCACGCAUCUGGCAGCUGUGCUGCUCACUGGGACUCAUGACCUGGUGAUGCCACUCAAGCAACUUGGUCUGUCUCCUGAAAAUAUGCAGGCGGCAUUUAUACCCACAAUGCCUGAUGACAUGUUAGCUGUUGCCCAAGCAGCCAUACAACAAGACUAUGGGCAGCUCACUUGGUAUGUGUGUCCAAAUAAUCAUCCAUGCUUUGUUGAUGAGUGCGGCCGGCCCAUGCAGCGAGGCCGAUGUCUGGAGUGUGGUGAGGAGGUUGGAGGAGACAAUCAUUUGCCCUUGCAGGGAUUCAGACCAAUUCAGCUUCAGCAGGAUAACACAAGGCCUGGCCACAUCCUAGGAGACCCUGACCGGAGAAACAACCCAGAUGCCCUGGACACCAAAAACAUGUCUCUGAGUCCCUUCACUCUGGUCCGGCUGGUUACACAUUUGGCCAUGUUCCUGGGAGCCUCAGAGAAGUCCCAGUUUGUCCAGCACAUCAUCCAGCCACCUGUGGAGGAUGUUUGUUUGUUUCUCAGUCUACACAUAAUAAAGGAUCUGAAUCAGCUGUCACAGACACUGGGAAGAGGAGUGGACGACACUGUUACAACUGUCCACUUGGUGCUCAGAUCCCUUCAAGAGCUAUUGCAGGCCAGUCCCUCUGGUAUUGAUCCUUACCUAACAACCAAAGCAUCCAGAAACACGUGGGAGACUACUGUGGCUGCAGAUAUUAUGGCACCUCUGUUGAAGGAUCUUGAUCAACUCCUACAAGAAGCAAAGGGCAGCAUCAGGACUGACUCCCGUGUAUCCUCCAACUUCAUCAUGAGGACGACCUUCGGUGAUGAUUGUAGCUUCCUGACGUCGCUGCCGCAGGGCUCUCCGAUCCACAGCUCAGCGGUGUGGAGCUGCAGGGAGAGGUUCUCAUUGCUCAGCCUCACACACAUUGUGGAGCAGUAUGACCAAAAGGAGGAGCUGCCUCUUCUCUGGAGGUUUCUGCAGAAGGAGAGAGAAUUUCGGCAGAUUAAGCUCCUUCCAGAAAUCCUAAUCCUGCAGAAACGCUUGGUGAGAAAGUUCCAGAACGCAACUGACCAGAUAGUGGGCUCCAUCGGAGAGUUCAUUGAGAAACAAAUAGAAAUGAGGAAGUGGUAUGAGAAACACAUUGACAUCUUCCUACAAACAUGGAAUCUGCUCAGAGUGUCUCUAACCAGCAGUGAGUUGAAGAUUCCAGAUGAAUUUUGCAGCGAGGAUUUGGACCUGAACAGUGACCUGCAGUACCUCCUGCCCCGGCGGCAGGGUCCAGGCCUGUGUGCCACAGGGCUGGUCAGCUACUUGGUGACGCUACACAAUGAGCUGGUGAACGCUGUGGAUAGCCACACCGGAGAGGACAGCAGCACUUACAAGGUGAGUGUGGCAGAGCUAACGGAACAGCAUGUGAUCCACUAUGAGCUGGAGAAGGACCUGCUUCCUCUGGUUUUAUCCAACUGCCAGUACAGCUUGGAACAUGGCCAUGAGACGAUAUCACAAUAUGACCUACCCAGGAUCCAGCAGCAGAUCCUCACCCGUUUCCUACAGGGAAAACCCCUCAUCACACGCACAGGAAUUCCCACUCUGGUCAACACACAAGAGAGGGACUAUGAAACCAUUUUCAAAGCUGUUAAAGGAAAAGUGCAACAGGACACUCUGUCCUCUUUGACCCGGAACGCCUUGUCCAGAGAGCUGGACUCCUACAGCGAGGUGUGUGAGGCACUCAAGAUCGCAGAGCUGCUCCUGGGUUUCCUGUCAAUGACCGGGGGUGAUCCCAUGAUGUCGCUGGUCACCUACCUCCAGGACAUCCUGAAGAUGGCCGACCACAUCGAUCGUCACAUAUUGCAGGCUCUGGGCAGAUGCAAGCUCAGACACUGUGUUUCUUUGUGGCAACUCCUCUCCUCCCUCAAAUCUGAAAGCAUGCUGUGUCUCAAGAGGGAGCCCUUUUCGGGGUAUCCAGCUGAGUACCUGAUACCGCUGACAGAGGAAGACAAGACUGAGCUAAAAGGGUUCGUGUCCAGGGGAAACAUGGACCAAUGGCUGCUUGAGAUGCACGAGUUCCUCCUGUUGAGUCUGGGCCGUCCGAGGGCCACCGACGUCUACAAACCCUCCUGGAGUGUGAAAGAGACGGUGUGUGCCUAUAUGGACCGUAAAGGAGUGGAGGUGCCUCUUUACGUGGAGGAAAAGUUUCCUGAAAAUCUGCUGCUGUCCCAGAUUGUGGAGACUUGGAAAUGCGCCACCACAGCCAAACAUGACUGGAUGAUGGAGGGAUAAACUGGAUGACUUUGGAGUGAUUUGAGUUUAUCAGGUUAAUUGCUGAUCAUAGAUUCUCAAAACCAAAAAAGUUAGAUUUUACUUUAUCUUUUAUUUGUUUCUUUUUUGUAUCGAUCAUUCUGUGGUAAUUAUGUAUGAAAGACCUUAAAAAAUACCUUAAGGCUCUUAAAAACAAUAAAGUAUACCAAACCUGAUUGUACUAGAGUAAAUGCUGCCUGACAGUUUUAGUGUUAUCUUCAGCCAGCUGCUCAUUUAAUGCUUUUUGUCACUAUAUUAGAAAUAAUUAAAAGAAUCAACAUCAAAGCCUCAUUUGAAGACAAUGUCAGGAUCUACUCAGGAAAAUAUACUAUGUAACUGCUUUAUAUUAUCUGUUUCAGGAUUGCUUUUUUUUCAUUUUUGCGCUAAAAUCUAUUUCACUACUGACCACCAGAAUCUGAUAAUUAGGGUAAUGGGUCUAUAUGGUGAUAUAAUAAACUAGUACAGAAAAAAUAUUAUACUUUACAUUUUAUUUUUCAUACACAUUUAAGAACAUGUAGCUGACGGUUAUGGAGUUGAUUGGAGGGUUUGUUUGAUAUUUUUGAUUUAUCUGAUUUAUGUUUAAUUGUUCAGUCUAGUCAUGUUUGAGGUUAUAGACUCUAGAAAAUUAUGAUUGUGGUGUGUGACGUCACUUAUUGACGAGAGUGACGACAGGGAUGUUUGAAAGCCUGAAUAUGGGAAUAUGUACUCUUUACUGAUAUUUUCCAGUUUUAGAAAAUCUAAAUCAGGUAAUGGAAAACAAAACACCUUCAAAGUAUUUGUCUUAACAUUGUAUUAAUGAAACAACUAUUUUUAAAAUGUCAAAAAUAAUGUGUUACAAGGUUCCAGAUACCAAAGUGAUGUCCAAUAUCUGCUUACAUACAGAUUUUAUGUAAAACUGGGAAAAGCAAGUCAUCUUUUACAGUUGUACAUCUGCAAGCAGUAAAUAUUUAUAUUUUCUAAAUGAUUAUUAAAUUUGGAAAUUAUUACAUUUGUGUAUCAAUAAAUCAAUAUGUAGCCUGA